GUGAAGCAUGCAGGGUACUAAUCGUAUUCGUAUUAGGGUAUACGUAUAUAUAACGUACAACACGGGUAUAGUUAGUGGACGCACAGCUUGGCCUUCAUCCAGGUAACGGUACUUGAGUGAAUCUGGUCAAAUUAGGGUAUCUAUAGGCCAAGAAGACACAUGUGGUAGAAUACGACUGAAAUGGACGUGUGAGAGUUGAAACUAUAGAAUGAUUCCCCGGAAAGAAUUACAAUGACAGACCAAGUAACUAGAGCGGCGCCUAAUGGAUUGUUUACUGGCACAUGUGUAGCCUGGACACAGAACACAGAUGACAUGUGAAACCAAUGAGAAAUCUGUACCUGGAAUGCUUUGCUGAUAUUAACGAGAACAGAAGACAAUGGGUCCCAAACUACAGGUGCUAGAUCCAAAGAAGGACUUGAUCUCGAAGUCAAAGCAGGACAAUUCUGAUGAGGAAGAGAACGAUGUCCUGACGAGUUUACCCGUCAUGGAAACAGUUGCAUCAGCAGUUCGAUGGCGGAAAAAAACAGACACUGCAGUCAAGAAAAAGGGUGGUAUACGGACGCGAAGGUUUGAACGGAGAUAUACAGAGUUGGGGCCUAUGCUUAUCCCAGAACAAAAACGUGUGGAUUAUGUAUUAGUUUACACUAACAAAACAUCUAAAGAUACGAAAGAUCCAGACAAGAAAAAGUCACUGGAAGAUAAGGAAUAUAAGCGUGACUGCUUUGAGCAAGCAAUGAUUGAACAAGGUUUCUUCAUCCAGAAAGAUUUUAUGAAAGAUAAUGUGUUUGUAAAACUGCACUGUCCCUUCAAAAGACUUUGUAUGGAAGCAGAAGCAGUUAAACUGGAGAUGCGUCUCAAAGAUUGUCCGAACUACGAGCCAGAAUCUACCAACUUUGUCAGGAGAUUCAUGGACAAGUACCUGGAGACUGAUGACGAAGUUGAUUUUAUUAGUGCCCCUUUCCUGAUGGAUAGAAUCCAGCUGUACCAAGACUUUGAGGAUCCAACUCAUUUCUUCAGACCAGCCACACGCUCUCUACUGGUGGAUCACAUACUCAUCAACCUCGACAUCAGAAAACAAGCUGAGCUUAAAGAUAAAACAGAGGAUGUGACGCCUGAUCAGAAAGAUGUAGACCCAGAAAAUGCCAAAAAAUCUACCUCAUCCUACAGCUUGUGUGCCUGUUGUGGUAGCUCUUCUCAAUCAGAUACCACAAGCCAACAGUCAGCUUCCUUAUGGAAUUGUCUCCCUUGUUGUAACUCGACAGAUGAAACCUUUGACCCCAUGAAGGGAGAUAAACAGAUGCAGAAGUGGGACGAUAUGAAGCAGGAAAAGAACGAGUUUGGUCGGAGGUUGGGUUUGCCUUACCUUAUGAUGAAGGAUGUCUACACAGAUGCCUUCAUUCUGCAUGAGGAAUCAAGUCGCAGCAAACAGAAAGAAGAGCUAAAGAAAGAGUUCUUCUCUGACAAAGAGGAAGAGGAGGAAGCAUUGGAAAAUGACCCGAGAAAAGAUUUGGACGACACAUGGUCAACAUACUACAAGUUCCAACCGUUAUGGAAAAUACGGAACUAUUUUGGAGAGAAAAUUGCUCUCUAUUUUGCAUGGUCUGGCCUGCUCAUCUCCAGUCUGUGGAUCCCGACACUGUUUGGAUUUGCGAUAUUUCUGUUUGGAUUAAUUACCAGUACUAUCAAUGAAACCACGACAAUCGAGAGACCUGCCAAUGCCACACUUGUCCAGUUAAUAAAAAUUGAGAUGGAGGAACUACUGGAGACGGUCAAGCUUGCCUUCGACAAUGAUGUGACUCCAUUUUUUGCCUGUGUGGUGUGUUUGUGGGGUACUGUUUUCCUGGAGAUGUGGAAGCGAAAGGGUGCAACGUUAGCCUACGAAUGGGAUGUGGACAAUUAUGACAGUAACGAGCCAGAUCGGCCACAGUUUUUUGGGACAAAGGUCAAGAAAGAUCCAGUCACAUCUGAGGAGAAUUGGUUUUAUCCUGUUAAAAAGCAGGUCGUCAAAUAUUUAUUUUCAGCCACGACCUUACUGUUUAUGGUAAGCUUGGUGCUGGCCAGUCUAGUGGGUGUAAUCGUGUACAGAGUUAUCAUUGGAGUAGACCUUUGUCCGGGUAUGUCUGCCGUGGAAUGUCUGGUCACCACCAAUAUAGUGUCGGCCAUCCUCAACGCUGUGUCCAUCAUACUUCUAGGCAAAGUUUAUGACAAAGUGGCCAUCAAGUUAACAGAUUGGGAAAACUACAGAACACAGAGUGGCUAUGAUGAUGCACUCAUCAUUAAACUAUUUGCCUUCCAAUUUGCCAACAAUUAUGCGUCCUGUGUGUAUAUAGCAUUUUUCCGUGGGAACUUUGACCUGUUUGGUGUUUUCGGACUGGGAGAAGAUUACCGUGAUGACUGCUCAGGAACCUGCAUGUCCCAGCUUUCCUUCCAAGUGCUAACCCUAAUGUUGGUUAAACCAUUCCCCAAAAUGUUCAAGGACAUUGCGCUGCCGUUGCUGAUUAAGCUGUGGAGGAUACGUCCUUCCUGGUGCUGUAGGCUUUCCUGCUGUCCUUGCUCUAAAAAUAAAAUUGGAGAGAAAUCUCCUGAAGAUCAAGUUGAGGCCGACCGCCAGAUCACCAACACGUACAUCGAAAUGGAAUCCUUGAAACCCACUCUUGGGGAUUUCACACUUGGGGAAUACACUGAGAAGAUCAUACAAUAUGGCUUCCUUAUGUUGUUUGCAGCGUCGUUUCCUCUGGCUCCACUCCUGGCGUUGGUGACCAAUCUUGUGGAUAUUAGAGUGGAUGCCAAGAGGAUGCUAUGGUUGAACCGCCGACCUGUGGCCUAUAUACGGAAGGACAUUGGUCGCUGGUACAGUAUUCUCGACUUUGUAAACAACUGUGGUGUCAUCUCUAACGGUUUCCUCAUCGCCUUCACCUCCAGUUGGGGACAGCAGUUUGACUUCUCCACCAAACUUUGGAUCGUCAUUAUAUUUGAGCACAUGGUGUUUAGUUUGAAGUUCCUACUGGCUUACCUUAUAGCUGAUGUUCCGAGGCACAUUCGCCUUGCCAUGCGGCGGGAAAAGUUCCAAGUAGCAAAAAUUUUGAAUAGUGUAGCAGGUGAUGCUCCGACAGAUUACUCCACGCUCGUUGUAAAGGAGAAAAAGCGAAGAAAAACACGAUCAUCAAAUUAUGAAUUAUUUGAUGAGAACGGACUACCAGUUGUUAAAGAAGAUAAAACUCAUAAACAAAAACAAUCUCAUAAAGAGGAAAGGACAAGAAACAAGGGAGACGACUCUGUAAAACCAUUGGUAGAGAAGGGAACUGAAAGCAAAAAGCAGGCUCCUCCUGUUAGUCCGAAUGGCGACGCAAGCAGUGUGGCUGUGAUUGAUGUUGACACUUACAAACAGACUCAUGGUAUACAAGAGGAACUAUGGUACUGCGAUGACAAGAGCAAAACCAACAGCCACGGUGGAGUGAGUAUCUCUGGAGUGGAAACUAAAAUGGGAUCCACACCAAAGAAAGGCACUUCCACAAAGGGCAAACCUACCACCAACAAGAAAACAGAUGAAGACGAUUGGGCGACCAGCAGUUCAUCUGAUAGUGAGGAGAUUUAGCUGACCCCUUUCCUACACUUAUACACCUAGUUACUAAUUAAUCAACUUAAUUGAUGAUGUGGGGGUAAAUAAUUCAGGUGAUUACCUCUCUAUAUACCUGUAAAUAUUUUUAUCUCAGAUGUGAAGUUUUUUAGUUUUAAUGUAAACUGUAACUCUCAUUCCAUAUAGAUUGUUAUGUGAUAUUAGUUAUGAAUUCUUAUUCUGUGAUACAUGAAAUGAUCUGUCCUCACUAAUGUGAUAGUCCUGGUAAGGAUAUUAUAGUUAUAUAUUGUUCUCCACAAUAAACUGAAGUUUUUUGAUAUUUGAAAACUGUUUUUACUGUGCCUUUCCUAGUGACAUUCAAUUUUAUUUUAACUUAUUGAUACUUUUGUACCUUGGAUUAUUUCAGUUUUGCAUGAUUUUUAAUUUUACAUCAGUUAAUGUUUUAAGCAUUGAUUGCCAAUUCAGGUAUUUCCAAAGCAGUGAUGUAAAAUUCUAAUGCAGUGACACAAUAAUGGCAAGCUACAACAGUCUCACCGUGACUUUACCAGAAAUGUUCUACCCUAUCAGACAUAUAAUGUAACCCAAUAUUUUUUUGUGUUAAUUUUUGGAAGUUUAUCUAUCCGCCUUGUACCAAAUAUUGUUACAUGUCUAUUUGUUGCAAGUUCAAAUGUACUUUUGAAUCAUGUACAAAAACCUAGUUAUGAAACCGCUGCUUCCUUGAUGUCUGAAAUUGCCUUGAUCAGUAACUGAGUAAACUAUUGAAGUUUUACAUGUAUUGAUUCUGUCAGGUGUUUACUCUGUAUGUGGUGUGUGAUGUGUCCGGUUUGCGACAUCACAGGAAACAUUUGAUCACAAUAGUUCGUGUUAUCUUUACCUAGUCAGAUUUCUGUAUUUAGAAAAUCACAAAUAUAUUAAAAUAAUCAUGAGAAAAUGUUAUCUAGCUUUUUAUAUAUUUUUACACUGUCCUUUUUUUCUGGGUUGUUUUGUACAGGAUUCUAUAUAGAUUGGAAUGAUGCCUUUUUAUGUGUGUAUAUAUAUAUUGGAAUCAUUCUGAAGUCCUUCUAUUAAUUAUCACAACGAUAAGGAUACAAAUUGGUCAGUUAUUGAAAAAGAAUGUUUGUAUUGUUAAUAUUUCAAGUUGGGUUUGCUACUUUUGUUUCUUCGGAGCGUAUUAUCAUUGUCAUACUUUUAUGUGAAGUCCUGGGCCCGUAUUAUCAUUGUAAUACUUUUAUGUGAAGUCCUGGGCCCGUAUUCUCAUUGUCAUACUUUUAUGUGAAGUCCUGGGCCCAUAUUAUCAUUGUCAUACUUUUAUGUGAAGUCCUGAGCCCGUAUUAUCAUUGUCAUACUUUUAUGUGAAGUCUUGGGCCCGUAUUAUCAUUGUCAUACUUUUAUGUGAAGU